GCGAGACUUGGGGCGCAUAUGACGGACGGGGAGCGGAAGUCCCGCCUCUUUUCCUCGGCGGGGCUCGAGCUGGGGCGUCGGGCGCCAUGAAGCUGAACAUCUCCUUCCCGGCCACGGGCUGCCAGAAGCUCAUCGAGGUGGACGAUGAGCGGAAGCUGCGCACCUUCUACGAGAAGCGGAUGGCCACCGAGGUCCCCGCCGACUCCCUGGGCGAGGAGUGGAAGGGCUACGUGGUCCGCAUCAGUGGCGGCAACGACAAGCAGGGCUUCCCCAUGAAGCAAGGGGUCCUCACCCACGGCCGCGUCCGCCUGCUGCUCAGCAAGGGCCACUCUUGCUACCGCCCGCGGAGGACCGGCGAGCGGAAGCGCAAGUCCGUGCGGGGCUGCAUUGUGGACGCCAACCUGAGCGUGCUCAACUUGGUCAUCGUGAAGAAAGGGGAGAAAGACAUUCCCGGACUGACCGACACCACGGUGCCCCGCCGGCUGGGGCCCAAGAGGGCCAGCCGCAUCCGCAAGCUCUUCAACUUGUCCAAGGAAGAUGACGUGCGGCAAUACGUGGUGCGCAAGCCCCUCAACAAGGAAGGCAAGAAGCCGAGGACGAAGGCCCCGAAGAUCCAGCGGCUAGUGACGCCACGCGUGCUGCAGCACAAGCGCAGACGCAUCGCCCUCAAGAAGCAGCGGACGCAGAAGAACAAGGAGGCGGCUGCCGAAUACGCCAAGCUCCUGGCCAAGCGGAUGAAGGAGGCCAAAGAGAAGCGGCAGGAACAGAUCGCCAAGAGGCGCCGGCUGUCCUCGCUCCGGGCAUCCACUUCCAAGUCCGAGUCGAGCCAGAAGUGAGCGUCCGGCCUCCUCCGUGGGUCACAAAUAAACAGUUUGAUGUUC